AUUGAACGAUCUUGGGACCCCUGUCACGACUGCGAAUCAAAUCUACCAUAGUAUUUGACAAGUGACUCAUCCAGUGACCAAUGAAAGCUCCGCCACAAUGGUCUCAAACGUCUGCUAUGGCGUUUAUAUCACUUACCAGAACCACUUGACCCAUGUUGCGAGUAUUAUCGCAAAGACGGCCGUUCCAUUCUGGUACUGAAAGCCCGUUAUGACCGAAGCUUCAGCGCAAACGAUCCAAGCGUCAUCAGAUACUAUUCAGGAGCUCCGAAGUAUCGCAGAGAGACAUAUUCGGGAGAUCCAAGAGGAGAAGGAGCAAGAAGAGAGAGAGGAUUUGAGAAGGUUAGAAGAGUUGCAACACUAUGCCAGACCUCGACGGCGCGAAAAGAUUGCGAAAACAACGACGACAAUGUCGACCACGGCCUCGAAGAUGAGAUCAGCCCAUGAUGUGCUUGACCGUAUGCACUGGGAUGAUAGUCUCGAUGCCUCAAAGUUCACCAUUGGCUACCUCGAGCGGUUCACUGGCAUCAAAGAAAUACCAGCGUCCAGUUGGGUUUCCGAAUUCACAGAAGAAGAGUGGAUCCCACAGCACCGCAUCAAAUAUUUCAAGCAGCGGAACGACAAUGGGGAGCAGGUGACGGUGUGGGAUCGAGAGAAGAGGAUCGACAGAAUCUUUGGCAGCGGCCUCACCAACCUGGAAGAGGCUAAGGUCUGCUCGAGAGAUCGGGGUGUAGUCCUGGCGCAAUGAACCAACCCGAGAAGCGGUACUGCACCGUGUCGAUGUGAGAGGCUCGGGCAUCAAGUGAGCGUCUUGUUGUUGAUGAUGGGUCGUUGAAGGCCGCCGACACCGAAUGUUUGCUUG